AUGGCACUCACCGCCGAGGAGUGGGCAGACUUCCUCAACAUUAUCUGGGAGGGCCGCGGGGACUACAGCUCGCGUGACCGACUUCGGGAGAAGUUUCCUACAUCUGAACACGAUGAGGCGCGCCUACAGCGGAACCCUGAAACGCUCGCCAGGAUCAAGUCCGCUCUCGCAUCGACGGACGGCGACGUGGAGAUCCCCGCAGAGGAUACCGACCCGAUCGAGAGCUUCAUCGAUCCGAUCAGCUCAUACCGGACGAUGUCCACGGAGUUCGCGACCGAGCAUUUCGGCUUCCCUGAUGUAUCCGGCUGCGUCGCCGGGACUGCCUUCACGGCUUCGGACGAGAGCGAGUGGACCUGGGACGGCUUCAGCGGUUGGGAUUUGAUUGCAUGCGCACCUACUGAAGGUGAAGUGAAAGUCGUCCGAAUCGGUUGGGCCACGUACUACUUCGGCGCGGACAACGAAUGGCACAACGCUCGAACCGGCGCAUUCGAGACCCGCGAAGAACUGAUUGAAGAGGCACGUAAAGCGAACGGAGAUUGGUGCCGACUUGUUCCGGAACUCGCAUCACCGCCCGUCGCAACCGAACCCGCCGAGGAGGAGACGAAAGCGGAGUCUCGCAUGGACAAGCACGGGGUCACAAUCACUGGAUCGCCGGUUGUCCCUACCCCCACCGAAGCCGAGUGGCCGACAUGGCACGAAGUCCCCGAAGGUCGAACUGUGCUGGCGAAGAAUCGUCACACCUACACCAAGCGUGACGGCAUCCUCUGCAUCGGGACAUCAACGAUGAAGUCCUGCAUGGCAACCUCGACGCAGCGCCUCGCCCCGUUCGUUGCGGCCGAGGAGGGGGUGAGCAUGAGCCUCUGUGAAGACUGCCUGCCCGCAUGGGAGCAAUGGCAUGACUACCGGCACAACGGGCCACUUGGAAGGUGGAAGGUAUGGCCGCUUGGCAAUCCUGGAUCGGAUGGUAUCGCUGCGGCUGCUCGUGCAUCUGCCGACAAUUUGCGGUCGGUGCGCGAAGAGCGGAAGUCACUGUCGGAGUGGCAAUGCGCGCUGGUGAUGCGACUGUGCGCCGAGCAACACUCGAAUGAAGAGGUGGCGGCUGACCAGUUGAAGCAGGCCAUGAUCGCCGCACUGGACCGGCGGGCGCAGAACGGACGCCACCUGCACCACAAGGACUGCAUCCACAACCUGGCGCCCGAAGAACAGGUCGCGUUACGUGGCAGGACAGUUGAGUGGUGGAUGACGGUCGUCGGAUCAAUGCCCGAGCAGAUCACGCCAGACCAGUGGGAGGAGUCGUUG